CGUGCAGCGAUGAGAGCCGGCGGACCAAUCGCGCGCGCGUUUAAAAGAGAACGAGCGCGCGCGGCAAUGUCCGGAAGCGCUCGCGCGCCCCUCGAGCCGAUUCAGAUACCAAAGGCUCAAGUCCGCCAUGCUGGGGCCAAGGGAUCUGGGAUCACUGGAGGGGUCGGAAACCAUUCACGCUGGACUUGAAGCGCAAAUGGAAAAUUCUGCUGAAAUGACGGACGCAAAGAAGCGCCGCAAAAAGAAAAGGCGGUCGCAUUUCAAGGAGGCGCGUAAAGACAGCUUUUCAGAUGUGUACCAUGUGACGGGAGAGGUCCUGGGUCAAGGGUCAUAUGCGCGUGUGGAGUGCUGUGUGUCCCUUCUCAAUGGCAAGGAGUUUGCCGCCAAGAUCAUAGAGAAGUGUCAAGGACAGAGGCGGGACCGAGUUUUCCGCGAGGUGGAAAUGCUGUACCAGUGCCAAGGCCAUAGGAACAUCUUAGAGCUAGUUGAGUUCUUUGAGGAUGAGAAAGCAUUCUACUUGGUGUUUGAGAAGAUGCAUGGAGGUUCAAUCCUGACUCACAUCCAGAUGCGGAAGCAUUUCAAUGAGAAGGAAGCCAGCCGGGUUGUACGAGAUAUCGCGAGCGCCCUUCACUUCCUGCACAACAAAGGAAUCGCUCACCGAGAUCUCAAGCCUGAAAACAUCCUGUGCGAGUUGGCCGAUCAGGUGACCCCAGUGCGGAUUUGUGACUUUGAUCUUGGCAGCGGAGUGCCGGUCGGCAGCACGCCCAUCUCCACACCAGAGCUGGCCACACCGUGCGGCUCCGCCGAGUACAUGGCCCCCGAGGUGGUCGAAGCCUUUAACGAGGAGGAGGCUUCCUUCUAUGACAAACGCUGCGACCUCUGGAGCCUGGGCGUCAUCACGUACAUCCUGCUCAGCGGUUACCCUCCCUUUGUGGGCAACUGCGGCGGGCAGUGCGGCUGGGACAGCGGGCAGCCCUGCUCGCCUUGCCAGAAAAUGCUAUUUGCACGGAUCCAAGAGGGUCACUACGAGUUCCCGGAGAAGGACUGGGCGGGCGUGUCAGUCCAUGCCAAGGACUUGAUCUCCAAGCUGCUGGUGCGCAACGCCAAACAGAGGCUGAGUGCAGCGCAGGUGCUGGAUCAUCCCUGGUUGAGAGGGAACGCCCUCGAGAACACGUUGCUAACGCCGCAGCUGCUACAGCGGAAGAGCAGCGUCACCGGCCUCACGCAGUUUGCAGCGGAGGCCGUGGCGUUCAAGCGGCAGAUCUCGCAGAAGGACGAGCACGAGCACGGGCACGGGGAGGAAGGAGCGGCGCUGGUGGACAUCGCGGAGUUCGCCGCGGCCGCGGAGGAGUGCCGGCCCCCCGCCAGCCAGCUGCACUCCAUGCGCCUCUCGCCGCCGGCCCGCUCGCGGUUGGCGCGACGCAGAGCGAACGGCGGCCGUUCUCCGGUCAAGCAGGUGGAGGGGGAGCCGCGGGCCGCCCUGGCCGGCGACGCAGACCGCACGGUCGCGGCGGUGUAAGUGUUUUUUGGGGCCAUGGCCACGUGCGCCGUUUGGCCCGCGGCGAGGCCGGUCAAAGCGAUCCGGGCAGAGCAAUGAUGAGACCGUUAUGUAUGCUGUGUGUACGUGGAGCUUCUUUCGCACCGUACGUGGCCAACCGUGCGAAUCGCGGAGGUGCGGGGGAAGGACAACAAACUAAACACAACCUCUCUGUUUCACAUAGACCCACACAUGCAAAGACUCCAAAAAAUAGGACCCCCCCUCCCUCAUAUAACCUAUAUAUACACACAGGGGCACAGGAAGACAUACACAUUAAUUGCAAACAUGCACAUGACAUUACAAAGACAUAUGAUAAACGUCUCAGUUCGAAACACACGAAUAGAAAGAUACAAACGAUAUACACACACACUUGACAUGCAUAAGACACAUAAAGUCCUAUACCCCCCGUAUAGGCUUAGCAGACUUUGGAGGCAAGUGCUGUUAGCGAGCACCUAUAAAGGCCGGCACGGCACACGAGGGAGUGGGUGGCCAGCACCACGCACGACCGCCAUUGUCUCCCCAGUGGCGAUGUUUACACUCCGCACCAGCUACUCAUUUGAGGCUGAGUCGACCUAGGAGAGGGGGAAUCGAACGCGGGUUGUGACGUUUGUAGCGCAACGCGCUAACCACUGCACUACCGCGACCCGUGACAUGCACACAUUAACGGACUAUUGGGAGUGGGUCAAGUUGCUGCUCGUUCACGUCUGUGAAAGGACAGAAUGGUAUAGGAGUGGGUGGCGUGUCUAUAACCAAGCACGACCGCCUUUGUUUUCCCAGUGCUGAUGUUUACACAACCCACCAGGUACACAUAUAAUGCUGAGUCAUCCUAAGGGGGAGGCCGUUUUACAUAUCACUCGCCACGAAUGUUACUCGUGGCCAGGAAUCGGACCCAGUAUCCAGGUUCAAAGUGCAGUUUACUAACCACCAGGCCUCAAUUCCCCACAAGCGUACACAACGACACCCGCAUGGACGUAACUUUACCUCGACACUCUGAUAAGUCAAAGUUGUUUACACGACGAAAACAUCCCCCUAUCGCCAUACAGACUGUUGGGACUAGUGCUCAUAGCGUACAACUAUUAAGGCGAGUAUAGAUGUUUACGCAUAAUUUUAUGUCUCAUUUGAGGCCGAUUCGAGCUGGGGCAGGCCGGGGUCCAGUUCUCAGAUAACUGCUACUCAUUGAAGCCAUGGUUGUUAAUUAAACUCAGCUCGGGUGCGUUCUUAGUGCAGUACGCUCACCACUACACCACUAUUUCCCGUUUACACACACACACACACAACAACAGCUAAUAUUCCUCACUAAGUCAUGGUGAUAUCACGACAGGGCUUAUGCCAGUCUAGGUGCACUUUGAGGCCACGUGAAGUGUCAAAGGCAUGGUGGCAGGUUAUGGAACAGGCACAGGUGUUACUGGUUAACUUGGAGGUGACCAGCAGAUGCGCACCGCCCUCUCCCUCCCCCAAUGUGCCACCUUCCUUUGUUUUAGCCACCCGGUGAUCUUCUCAUUGUGAGCUUCACUCCUCCUUCACCUUCCAUCGCUGGAGGGUGGCAUCCUUCAUGAGAUUUUUCCGCAAAGACCGAUCAUGACACGCCGAUACCGGAGUGUCGUUUCACAAGCAUAGAGAAGAGGUGGCUUUGAUUGUGGCGGAGAGACCUUAAUCAUCUUUGUGUGGAACAACAGGCCAGGCAGCUUCCGUGUAACGUGACACAGCCGAUGAAAAGAGAACUCUUCUUUCUGGAAUUAUUCGGAGUGUGACCACUGCUGCUAAACUGCACGUGGCCAUGUGCACACCACUCGGGGUACAGCAAUGUGGCCCUCUCACCGAGAGUUGAGCUGGAUCGAUUGUAAAAUACUCGUGCAGGUGCUUUGUUGGGACUGAUUGUAAACCCCCCACAUUUGUGUGACAAGCUCGAGUUCUCAAAGCAGCAGCAGCAGCAGUCUCCAAUUCUUUCGAGGGAGCAGCCAUGAGCAGGUCAUCGGGCAUGCGUAGCGUGAUUGAUCAGUGUAUGGGUAUUGCACACUCGUAGGACCGUACUAAGACUCGCAUGAAUUGCACACCUAUGCACUUGACGCCACUAAAAUAUUGUUAAACCUCUUGAUUCUAUACAGGCACAUACAACACCAUACUGCAUUGGAUACACACACAUGCUAUGUGUACAUACACAUGAAUUUCACAUGCAUGUACUUGUAAUAUACGUAAACAAGAAAAAUAUUCCUCUGUAUAGCCUUCAUAGAUUGUUAGGAGGGCAAUGCUCUGAGUGAGUGCCUAUGUAGGCCAGUAUGACUCAUGUGGUGGUGUGGCCAGUCCUUGGCUGCCUUUGUCUCCCCAGUCUUUGUGUACACUCCUUACGAGGUAUUCAUUCGAGGCUGGGUUUAUCCUCUUUGGGUCUUUCGGUAAAGUCACGUAGAUAGGUUCAAAGAAAAUAACAAAUAAAAAAAGAAACCCAUUACAGCUUCAGAUGUCACAACAACCGCUGUUUUUCCACUAAGUGGUGUUGGCGUGCUGUGUGUGUUGAGGUCACUUGGAUAUCACAAACAUGCACGGUUAUGUGUAAAUCCAAAUGAAUUAAUACGGAAUUGUGGGAAAUAUAUAUUUAAAAUAAUUACGGAUGACAUUUUAAUGGGUGCUAGCUGGAAGUUUUUUUUAGUCGUAGGAAAACUCAAUGGGGCUCCUGUAUAAACCGUAUCAUAGCCUACGUGAGGCAAGUUUAAAAACACGUAAAUAAGUGCAAUAAUGCAUGGUUUGGUUUCUGAAUGUAAAAAAUAAUAUUUAAUAGUUACCCAGGAUUUAGCUGCCAAGCCGAAAAGAUGUAGGUGCACACUAAAUGUUGUGUUACUAAUCGCAUUGGCGUUAAAUCAGACCGACUUUCCGAUUUAAAUAACAGACAUUUAGCGUAGCCUGAUGCAAUAAAAUCCCUUUGAAGUAUCAGCACAGCCCGAUGCUUUAAUCUUGCUAUGCUGUAAUGAGGUUACGGUUAUUAUCUGUAGGCGGUGGAAACGGGAAGAUUACAAUAAGGAAGAAUAAGAAACAUGAUCAUCUCGGCAGAGUCAUCACUCAACAGUGUAUCACCUUGCUACUGUGAAGAUGAGCGUAUCAUAAACAAAUUACGCAAUGCACCCGAUCGUGUUUCAUCAUAGAAGCGAAGUUGGAUUUAGUCUGGUUGUGUUACUUGAAUGAGUAACUACAAGGGCUGGCCAGUUGCUGUCGGGUGGAGGCUACAAGGGAGUUUGGAGAUGGCAGUAUUGUCAACCCCGCACAUGCAUAGCGGGUUUUUGCCAUAUACAAUACACUCAAAUUUCGAUUUAAAGCUUUCGUUACUGCAGGGAUUCAUCUUCUUGGUUCUUUCGGUAAAGUCACCACGUAGAAUGGAAAUAAAAUAAUAAAAAAAUAACAAAAUAAGAUUCUCACGAAGACAGAGCUGGAGCUCGAGCGCUGUCUUCUGGAGAGUCCUGUUUAUUCACCUGAAGAAGGCUACUUGUUUUGUGGCCGAAACGUUGUGAGAAUCUUAUUUGUUUAUUUUUAUUACUAUUUUAUUUACAUUCUACGUGACUUUACCGAAAGAACCAAGAAGAUACAAUACACUCGAUAAUGAAUUGGCAAAGAAUUCCAAUGCAGGAUCCUCCUGAAGAAGUCUUAAAGACUCGGCAAGGCCAUUCUGACAAAAUAUAUGGCGUUUUUAUUAUUAAAUGUCAUGCAUUCUUAAGGUGCUGAUAAUCAUUAUACCUUCAGGUGAUUCAAAAUAUUUGCACAUUUUUUUUUCUUUAUGAAUGGUUUUCAAUACAAAUGUUCUCUCAUUAAAAUGCUGUAUUGGUUUGCACAAUCGCGUUUAAUUAGUUUGUCUGAAUUGCAUGGCUUUUUUUACACAUCAAUAGGCCUGUAAACAUUCCAGUGAGCUGCAUGUCUUAUGGAUUAUAAAAAAAUAAAAUAUGAACGGCACGAAAGACGAACAAAUUUGUGGUUGUAAUGUUGUGAGGGUCCUUCACAAAUUGAGAGCUUCAGUCACUUGGGAGUAAAAAAAAGUCUGAAUAGUGGUGCCGGCACGUGCGGGCACCCCCAUUCCCCCUUGCUGUCACUGACGCCGCCAAUAUCCAAGACUUUUCUACUCCCAAGUGUCUGAAGCUCCCAACGGGUGGUGUGUAAUCCGCUCUGGUGUGCACUGUGCCCACACACUUAGCCAACCAACCCUACCGCAGAUGCUCACGUUACAGCUCCCGGUGCAGACAUCCAUAACAAUCCAUCCGCGCCGUGUUUACAGCCUCGCUCGUCGGCAUGUCCUCCAUCCUGUGUGUUCGCAUCUUCGAAGCUCAUUAAAGAAGAUAUUGCUCUUG